AUGGCUUCUACCUCGGCUGAUGUCUUAGAUGCCACCGGCGAUUACCUCGUGCGGCCCCGACCCCGGAAGCCCCUCCAUUCCCAGCUGUCGCAGAUUAGCAACGCAUCCGAGACAAACGGCACACUCGAGCCCUCUAGCAAUGGCCACGGUACUGGUUCAACAAGUGGCCGUUCCACGCCGGUACCCCUCGAUGCGCCACCUUCGGUCAAGUCCCUCUCGACAGCUCGCAAGCAGGUCCGCGCAGAGCAGCGUCGCCGUCUCUUCCCAACCAUCGAGUUCGCAAGCCGCGUGUCACAUUUUGACCCGAACAGCGACUACCGCGAUUUUAGAGGCUUCUUCAAUCUCUUCUGGAUUGGCCUUGCCAUUAUGGCCAUAACAUCAAUGCUGCGGAAUAUAAAAGACACCGGGUAUCCCCUCCGCGUCGAGAUAUGGAGCCUGUUUACCGUCAAGCUCUGGCACCUAGCCAUUGCCGACUUUCUGAUGGUGGCCACCACUGCCGUUUCUCUCCCAUUACAACGCCUUGUCCGCGCUGCACCGAACGGUGGUCGAUUGACGUGGGCCAAAGGCGGUAUGGCCAUCAUGAGCGUAUACCAGGUCUUGUGGUUGGCCUUGUGGAUUGCCGUGCCGUUCUUGCUGGGCUGGACGUGGACUUCUCAGGUCUUCUUUUUGCUCCAUACCAUGGUGCUCUUGAUGAAGAUGCAUUCCUACGUCUUCUACAACGGCCAUCUAAGCGAGACCGAGAAGCGGUUGCGCUCCUUAGACGACCCCUCCACCGCAUCGCGGGGACCCGCCGAGGGCAAUGACGAGGGCAAAGGGGAUGCACCUGGCGAUAGCGAUGAGAUUGCCCAGCUCCGUGAGGACUUGGCCCGCGAGUUGACGAGCCCCAUCGGCACAAUCACGUAUCCGGCCAACCUGACGUGGCCAAACUAUGUCGAUUACAUCUGUUGUCCAACCCUGUGCUACGAGAUUGAGUACCCGCGGAACGACAAGAUCGAUUGGCAGAACCUCUUCUCCAAGAUUGCUGCCAUAUUCGGCUGUAUCUUCCUCCUGACCAUCAUCUCGGAGGAGUUCAUCCUCCCGGCCCUAGUCGACGCCUCGCAGAGGCUCGACCCGGCGCUGCGGACGGCCGACUCGGCCCUGACCGCCCUCGAAGUGCUUCUCAUCCUGGCCGAGACCAUCUCGUGGCUGCUCUUCCCCUUCAUGCUGACCUUCCUGCUCGUCUUCCUCGUCAUCUUCGAGUACGUGCUCGGGGCCUGCGCCGAGAUCACGCGCUUCGCCGACCGGCACUUCUACAGCGACUGGUGGAACAGCACCGACUGGAUGGAGUUCUCGCGCGAGUGGAACGUGCCCGUCUACAGCUUCCUCCGGCGCCACGUCUACAGCGCCAGCCGCCCCCACAUCGGCAAGGCCAACGCGACCGUCAUCACCUUCCUCAUCAGCGCCCUCGGCCACGAGAUUGUCAUGGCCUGCAUCACCAAGAAGCUGCGCGGCUACGGCUUCAUCUGCCAGAUGCUGCAGCUCCCCAUCGUCUUGGUUGCAGCGGACCAAGUGGGUCAGGGGCCGCAAGACCUUCAACAACGUGGGGCUUCUGGUGCAGAUUGA